AUGAUAGCCUUAUUUUUCAGUUCAGCUUCCUCAUUUGCUCCCACUCAGUCGCAUCGGAAGGUUUCGUAUCGGCAGGAACAAGCGUCAUCGGAGAAAUCAUCUGAUGGGUCCUCCGUCUUUACCGACUUUGUGGAAUUUCUCAAGGAAACUCAGGCAUCCAUUAUUGAGCAAGUGGAAGAGCUAGAUGGUGGGGGAGAAAAAUUUUCUAACGACAAGUGGGGUGUAUUUGAAGACGAUUUUGAUGGGGGGUCUCUCUCGGGAGGUAUGACAAGGGUGAUUCAAGGUGGUGACAUUGUGGAAAAAGGAGCCUGCUCCUUGACCCUGAUUCGUCGCGGAAUUCUAUCAGCUGAACGAGCAGCUGCCAUCCGUUCUCGACAAGAUUUGAACAUUCAGCCAGGAGAUGUGUAUUCGGCAGCUGCCUUAAGUAUCGUCUUGCACAGUCGGAGUCCUAUGAUCCCUACCUUUCGUUCUGAUGUCCGCAUUUUCUUGGUGGAAUCUGAAUCCGAGAAGGCAACGAUGGCGUGGUUUGGAGGAGGUGCUGAUUUAACCCCGUACUUUCUGUUUGACGAAGAUGUCACAUUUUUUCACAACAUGUAUCGCGACCUAUGUGCACAUAAUCCAGAAGAAUUUUCAUAUGAAGCACUAAAGAAGCAUUGCGACGACUACUUUUAUCUUCCAGCCAGAUCAGAGCAUCGUGGAACCGGUGGUAUUUUCUUUGAUGAUAUGGAGGCAACCCCGGAAGCAAUGAAUUUUGUAAAGGGAGUGGCCGAGUCUUGGGUGCCAUCUUGGCGUCCCAUUGUAGAGAAACGAAGAAAGACAAAGUUCACGCAGCAACAAAAGCAGUGGCAACUACUUCGUCGUGGACGAUACCUAGAGUUCAACCUAUUGUACGAUCGUGGGGUCAAAUUUGGCUUGGCCAAUGCAAAUCCUAGGGUGGAAGGUGUAAUGGUAUCGGCACCACCAUUGAUUGCUUGGGAAUACAAUCAUGACAUUAAAGAUGGUAGUGAGGAGGCUCGGUUGGUGGCAAUUCUAAAGAAACCGAAGGAUUGGGCCACCACUGAGUAG